AUGUUACUCAUGAAUGAAUCCAUAAAUGUAUCAAAUCAAUAUAUACUACAAGGUGACCAUUCCUUCAUAUCAAUAGGAAUCUUCGAAUGUGCAAUACGUGAUUGAUAUCAAGGCAAGAAACAAACAACAAUGGCAAAUUCCUAAGCGCUAUUCUCAAUUCGAGGAUUUGCACAAGAAAUUGAUCCCGCUCUUUCAAGAACUCCCCGAAUUGCCAAAGAAGGCCUUUAUUACGUUCUUGGUUGGAAAGUCAAAGGAAUAAUUGGAGGAUCGAAGAGCUGGCUUGGAGAAAUAUCUUUAGUAAUUAAUAGUCCGUCGUGAAAUCUAUCAUUCCUAAUUGCUCCGAGACUUCUUGCAGGUAUAGUAAUCUGUAAUAAGCUUGAAUAAUGCGAAGAAAUCCUCCCUCCCAACCUACUUCAUUCAUUUAAGACAAUAAUGGGCAUACGUGAUGUUGCCCAAUCUGACCAAGGGGUGAUGUUCCUCCUCUAAGCAGAUAUGAGUGUUUUAAAUAGAGUGGAUGCUUAUGUCAACAACAUGAAAAUGCCUUGGGAUUCCGAAUAGGGAGAAGUCAAAACCAUUCCGGUUGGAUAAGUUGAAUGCUACAUUAAGUAGGAGGAAGGAGAGUUUUCCUACAAAAAGUUAUGGACCAAAGAGUAUAGUACUUAAGCAAUCUGCAUGUUUUAUGAGCCAAUCACAUGCACCUUGCUAGUUGGGUAACAUAAUCAGCCAAAUAUGUAUAGAUUGGACUCUGGAAAUAUUAACUUUAUUAAGGUGUCAGAAAGAGAUUCUUUCAAUAAGUACGAAUAGAGCAUUGAAAUUGAAAUUCAUAUGGCCAGGAUAAUGGGUUUGUUUUACAGAAAUGGGUAGAUUCACUCUGUUUCCAAAGACACCCAUUAUAAAGUAAUUGAUAUGGAUUAAGGGGGAUUGAAGUCAGGUUCGAAUUCUCACUUAUCAUCCUAGAUUUUUCAAUUGGCAAACACGAACUAACUUCAUUGACCUAUAAUGAAUAGAGACAAAUCUCUGUGGUCGGUAAUAGGAAUGGCCAACUGUACAUAUUAAACAUAAAGCCGGCAUAACCAAUAGUAAUGUUGACAAUUGAGACGAGCACUUCAUUCAUCCGAGGUCUAGUCUUGGACUAUCAGAAAAACUAUUUGAUAUCCGUAUCUUAUGAUGAUGGUGUGAUUUGUGUUUUAGAUGUGGGUAAAUGUUUGCAAGAGAACGUGGGCAAGAUUAAAACUAAAAUUCAAGCCAAAAUUAAAGUAUACUCGAUUUAAUUUUUAGACUAGAGAAGUUCAAUGGUCAAGUAAAAGAGGGGAAUUGUUUGUUGGUAAUGAUGAUGGGACUGUCACUAUAUAUAAUGCACUAGAUUUAUAACCUUAAUGUAAUACGUUUUCUUAACUUCAGUUGUACUUAAGGCACACGACAAAGCCAUCACCAAAUUGAUUUGGCAAGAAUCCACUCAGAUUCUUGUUACUGGUGGUAAGGAUGAGUUGAUUAAGUGGUGGCAUUUUCCAAAGAAAUGGAAAGCUGGUGAUCAAGAUGAGUAGGUCAAAUCAAAACAGUUGAUUGAGGCCAAAAUGGACAAUAUCUUAAAGUUGUAAAAUUAGAAUCAGAAAAUUGAUUCAGAUGAGGAAGAUGAGACUGGUUUAGGCAAUUGGCAUAAAUGA